CUGAUCGCACCUCGUCACUGCGCCCAGUGCCGACCACCACGAUACAGUCAUCAUAACCAGGGUGCGACUUACAGCUAUUCCAACCUCCGCCGACGUACCCCGCCGGCGUCAGAAAACCUCCAGCAUGACCGCCAGCGGUGCGCGCAAAGCGCCUCCAGCCGCGGCAUCGUCACCGCCAGGAAUCAUAGACAAGGGCACAGUUCAAGAUGCCAUGGGGCUGGAGAAAAAGAAGUUCAGCCUGAAGCUUAGGAGGCCUGUUGCGAAGGCGUCAAUAACCGGAAAUUGGAAAGAAAGCGACGCAACAAAUGUCGGGACCAAAGCCGCACCGCUGGGGGCUACCUCUCUUGUAGUCAACGUUCUGGACGAGAAGACUACGAUUGGUUUCCCGUCCGGCCGCCCCGUCGACGACAAGGUCGACACGGUACAAUGCAAGCACUGCCGUCGACCUGUGCUUCGUGCUUCUUCGACGACCCACAUCCGCGAGUGCCUGAACAAGAAGCAAGAGAAGCUCAAGAAGAAAAAGGAGGCCAAGGAAGCAAAGGACGCGGCUCUUAGGAAAGAGAAGGGCGAGGACGACGAUGGCGGCAAGAACGCGCGAAAGUCGGCUAUCAAGGGUGCUGUUGACGGCGAGGGUGCAAAGAAGGGCAAGAAGAGAAAGAUUGAUGGCGACGCAGAAAAGGCACCAAACGCCAAAAAGAAGAAGAAGGACGAGCCGAAGCAGAAGACAGCAAAACCAAAAGGACCGGUUGAUGUGGAGAGGCAGUGUGGUGUUCCGUUGCCGAAUGGAGGAUUCUGUGCCAGGAGCUUGACGUGCAAGAGUCAUUCCAUGGGUCUCAAGAGGGGCGUGCCGGGGCGAAGCUUGCCGUACAGUAUGCUGCUGGCGCAAUACCAAAAGAAGAACCAAGCCAAGCAACAACGUGCCGCCAUCGACGCAAACGCCCCCCUCCCCGAAGACCUCGAACAAUCCGGCGCAGUAGACUCGGACGAAGAAAAGGACUCGAUCAUGGCCGCGCUCGCACGCCACAAACCCCGCCCACUAGCAACCUACACACACGCCUCCCAACGCUCGAAAUACCAGUACAUCCGCAUGAAGAACAUGAUCCGCUCAGCGCUCGGCGCCCCACCCGGCGGCAGCUCCCUGUACUCUGGCCUCACGCCCGGCGCAGACAGCAUGGCCACCGGCCGGCUGGGAAUGGGCAUGAUGGGCGCCCCGACCAGCGCCACGGCCGAGAGCUUUGCUGCCAGCGCGGGCGGCAUGGGCUUUGGCUUGGAUGGCGCGGGGAGCAGGCGGCAGAGCAUCAUGGCGCAGGGCGGUCCGCGCCAGAUUCUUCCCGGUCAGUUGCCUGGUCCGGGGCCGCAGCAGAGGAAGGGCAGUGUGAGUGCCUCGUAGGACGGACAUGUUGUAUCGCAAUGGCGAGGGAUUGGGAGUACGCUUGUUGAUGGGAAGCAGGCAAGGGCCGAUUCGGGAUGCGAGUUGUGAACCGGUGGGAUAGCAUGGCAUUGCACGGCACGGGAAAGGAGUUAUUGUGAUACCCCCUAGUUGAUUACUAGACAAGACACGAAGCACGAAAUGGACAUUU